CAUAAAGUAUCUAAUCGUUAAUAAGAACAUCGGAACUAAUUUUCUUACGGCGGAGUAUCUUUGAAUUGGAUACCAAAAUCAUAGUGCGCAAGAUUGUGGGAUUUGUGACAUACAUGUCCAAUUCCAUCACAAGCUAAAGGAUGAACCUUCUUGUAUCUAUAUCGAGUGCUCUGGACGUGUUCCUCACGAUUCCUCUGGCCCGGUUGAUACAAACUGCAUUGGCCUUGUUUGGGACCCUGAAUUUGAAUGCAUCGGAUUUCCCGCCGGAUUACUCUUCUAAAGUUUCAGAUGGGGAACAUGCCGACUUCAUUAUAGUAGGCGCUGGUUCGGCGGGCUGCGUGCUGGCCAACAGACUGACUGAGAUCGGCAACUGGACGGUCAUACUAGUGGAGGCAGGCGACUAUCCUUCCAUUGAAUCUAUGGUACCUGGAAUGUUUCCACUUGUAGAGUACUCUUACGAAGACUGGAACUACUCUACCGUCGACGAUGGGUACUCGAGUCAAGCACAUAAAUCCAAGAAUAUUCACAUGACUAAAGGCAAAAUGCUCGGAGGAUCCAGCGGUGCUAACUACAUGUUUUACGUUAGAGGUAAUAAGAGAGACUACGACGAAUGGGAAGAAAAUGGAUUAGAGGGAUGGUCUUGGGACUCUGUCCUGCCAUACUUUAUAAAGAGCGAGCGUCUACGUUCAGAUGAAAUAUUGUCAAGCUCUUCAGCUGAUCUGCACGGCACAAAUGGAUAUCUAGGCGUAACCCGGCCGACCUGGCAAGGAAGAGUAGAAAAUGAUUUGGCAGCGUUCAAGGAGAAUGGACAUGAAAUUCUAGUUGAUACUAAUGGAUACGAACAGUUAGGAUAUUCCUUACCUACUUACACCGUCGACAAUAAGAUUCGACAGAGCACGUCGGUUGCAUUCCUCAGGCCUAUAAAAGACCGAAAAAAUCUGCGAGUUUUGACGAAAACUUAUUGCAGAAAGAUUCUAUUUGAUAAAAACAUGCGAGCCAUCGGUGUAGAGAUAAAGCUUCCAAAUGGGAAUAUUGAAAAUCUAAUGGCUGAUAAAGAAGUAAUACUUUCUGGCGGAGCUUUCAAUAGUCCACAAUUAUUGAUGUUAUCUGGCGUUGGACCCAAAAAACAUUUGGAAGAAAUAGGCAUACAAGUUUUAGUCGAUUCUCCAAAUGUAGGUCAAAAUCUUCAGGACCACCCUACGGUCCCAAUAAUUAUAAAUAAAGGGAAGAGUGAUUCAAAUUUGCUUGAUAAUGUAGAGUUACUAAAAAAUUUGGAUAAAUUUCCUAUCCCCACGUUUAUGGGUCUUGUUGCUUUAAACAAAUCGCAAACUAUUCCUGAUUAUCAAACUUUCUCCUUCCCUAUAGGUGCCGGUUCUAUCAUACCUGCAGUCAUGUGUAGCUAUAUAUUUAGAUAUGAUGAUGAUAUCUGUCGUCAAAUGGUCACUAUCGGGAAGACAAAUCAAAUACUUUUCACAGGUGUCACUCUCCUUCAUCCUAAUUCCACAGGAAGGAUUUAUCUGAACAGCAAAGAUCCGGAGGAGAAAGCGCUUGUAUAUAGCGGCUAUUACUCGAACCCAAAUGAUUUAGAUAAACAUGCGUACAGUGUGGAAGACUUCUUAACUGUUUUAAAUACUACAUAUAUGAGAAAACUUAAUGCAACCGUUUUUGGUUCGAUAAGUCAAUGUAAAGGUUUAACAAUGAACACUCAUGAGUUUUGGAAAUGCUACGUAUUGAACAUGGUUUCCUCUCUGUGGCAUUCUGCAGGGACGUGUGCCAUGGGGCCUGAGGGAGAAGGUGUAGUUGAUGCUUCGUUCCUAGUUUACGGUACCAAAGCCCUUCGAGUGAUAGAUGGGAGUGCGAUGCCGAAGAUAGUUAGCGGAAACAUAAACGCGCCAAUUAUCAUGAUGGCUGAGAAGGGCGCAGAUGAGAUUAAAAAGGCUCAUGGAAUUCGUAUUUAAGUAGUAAUUAAUUUAUUUUCGGGGUAUCGGUUUUGUGUCAAAUAUUUGUUUUGUUCCAUAACAAGUUUAGCAUUCGUAUUCAAUUUUAUUUGUUAACAUACAAAAUCUGUAACUAAUUUCUGAUAUAUUUUGUGCGAGAUAGUGUAAUAAAAAUGUAGUAUUUAGAUUUAUGGUUUGAUUAUAAAAAUAUCUUAAAAUGUAUUUAAGCCAAAAAUUCAAUAUAAUAUUGACUUCUACUAUCGAGCCGAUCUAUUUGUCUAACGAAUAUAAUGUUUAUGCUGAAU